GGAAACAGGCUUGGUGGCGAAAAAGGAAGCAAGUGAAAAAGUGAAAGGCACACAAGGAAAGCGAAACCUUGCAGCCCUGCAUAGAUUUUGUUGAUGCAAGGCUUGGUGGAGGAAAAGGGAAGCAAGCGAGAAAGUGAAAGGCACACAGAAAGUGAAACCUUGCAGCGGUCCUGUUGUCCAGUCUAUAAAAGAGAAAGCCCUUGUUGCUGAUGCCAUCAGAAGUCCAGACUGAAGAAAGACACAGUGUGGUGGGAGCCAGGACCUGUCUACAGCUACAACUAUGAAUUCACAUGCCAUCGCCUUUGUCACCUGCUUGCUUGUCCUCUGUGCAGAAGGACAACUAGCCAACAGAGCUAGACAGUGCAAAUGCUUGAACGGUUACAUUGGCAGGAUCAACCCACAGCUCAUCAAGGCAAAGCCAGUCAUACACCACCCAAGUAUCUUCUGUCCAAACACAGAGAUUAUUAUUACUACAAAAACAAAUAAAGAAAAAUGUGUGGAUCCUGAGUCACUGCUUGGAAAACUCAUUCUGAAAACAACAACAGGCUCAGCAAGAAAGCAGCUGUGAGGAUGACAACAGCUUCUCCUCAGACUGAUACUUGGAGCUCAACAAGAGUCCACGGGACAUCCAGGGUGUAGGACUGUGUACUGAAGAGGAUCUAGUGUGACUGAAACACUAGCUAUUCACCAGCAGUUCCUUUGUCAUAUAAAUACUAUAAGUGGGUACAAGUUAUCAAAAUGUUGUCAGUGGCCAGUCGUCUGUUUUGUCUCUUUACUUAUAUUCUCUUGUAUAUAUCUUAUAAUUCUAUUUAUACGAUUGAAAUGCCAAAAAUAAAACACUUUCUGUUGCCUCUA